AUGGUGAUGUGUGGUGGUGCUCGGAGGCGCUGUCCUCUGUGCUCCGUCGUGCUCAUAAAUGAAGUAGAAAGGAGUCCUGUAUUGUUCAAUAAAACUUUAAAUGAUUAUUGUGACGCUAAUUUGAAAAGCGAACUAUGGGAAGAAGUGUGUGUAAGCAUAUGGAGAACGCUGGCACAACGAAGAUGGAAAAAUCUUAGGACAUUCUUUGCAAGAGAAUUGCGUGAGAAAAUAUCAGCCCAGUCAGGACAACUAGCUGGAAAGCGCCGAAAGUACAAACUUUACCAUGAACUUUUAUUUCUUCUACCAACCGUAGAAGUACGUGCAACAAGUGGAAAUCCUGAACCAGUAGUAAGCAAUGAGGAAUCUGAGGAAACCGAGAACGUUCAAAGGCCACCCAUUGUUUGUUCUCCACGUACCUCCUACAAUACACGUAAGAAGAAGGAGAGUUAUGAAGAAACCUUUCUCGAUAUACUUCGAGAGAAGAUAGAAUGUGCUUCACCAAUGGAUGACGUUGCAACACAUUUUAUAUUGUCUGUUAUACCUAUGCAGAAAGCAAUACCCACACACAGAAUGAUCUACGCAGAAAUUGAGAUUUUUUAG